AUGGCAGACUACGCUGCAGCGCUUCAUUUGGUGGCCGUUCCGUGUAAAUGGUCUGCCCUGGAGGAAGCCCUCCGGGACCGUCUGCUCCUGGGUUUGGCGGAUGUGGUGGCACAGAGACGGCUCUUGAAACAGGAAAGCCUGUCGUUUGCGGAGGUCCUGAAGGAGGCCCUUGCAUCCGAAGCUGCAGAUUCGGGGGUCAAGGUUUUUCAGCAGAGGGCUGCCGAGGCGAGCGCCGGGGGCUCCGCUGUACAAAAACAAGGGAGCCCAGAUUCAGCCACCGAUUCCAGCGAAGCCAAGGACGACGUAGGGAAGGUGCAGUGGAAGGAUAGCAAGGGCCCUAAGGGUCCCAUCGCCCCGUGUGAAGCGUGUGGGAACCGCCACGUGCGCACUAAAUGCCCGUUUAAGAACGCUGAGUGCCACGGCUGUGGCAAACGGGGGCACAUAGUGAAAGUUUUCCGGCAGAGAGCUGAAGGGGGCCGAGGGGAUAGGCGCCACCAGUGGAGAGACCAGUCCGUUUCCAAGGUAACAUCGGCCCGCCGGUUGGUCUCCAGAGUGCAGGCAGCUACAGAGAGAUUUGUUGUGGCUGUUUCAAUUCAAGGAAUGCCUAUCUCGAUGGAGAUCAAUUCGGGAACAUCUUACUCGAUCAUGUCACAGAAGGAUUUCCAGAAGAUUCCGCCUGCUGCCCAUCCCCGACUACGUGCACUUAAGGUGUCCUAGGGGUUGUCCGCUCAGCUGCCUUUAGUAGUGGUUAAGCAGGGCAGAAAUAAUUUGUUGGGGGUCCAGUGGUUUGAGCCGCUGGGAAUUUCUUUUACAGGAAUCCAUGCCGUCGAGCCUGACCCUAUCCAAGACAUCUGUGAGGAAUACAAGGCGGUGUUCCAGCCAGUAUUAGGAACCUUCACGGGACAACCCAUUGCAUUCGACUUAGACCCAGGGGUGCAGCCCAUCAGACUGAAGCCUCAGCGAGUUCCGUUCACUCUAAAGGACAGGAUAGAGGCGGAGCUGGACAAAUUGGUCGCCCAAGGGGUCUUGGAACCAAUUGACCACCCGUGGGAAACACCGAUAGUGAUGGUGCUAAAGGCGAACGGGGAGGUUCGAAUUUGUGCGGACUACAAAUGCACUAUCAACAAGGCGAUUCGUGCAAAUGCAUACCCGGUCCCAGUCGUAGGUCAUUUGUUGACCUCCUUGCACGGAGGCAAAUGUUUUGCUAAGUUAGACCUAGCUCAGGCUAAUCAGCAAUUGCCAGUUACUCCUGAAGCAGCGCUUUGCCAGGCCAUAGUAACCCAUAAAGGGGCUUUUCGGGUUAAUCAUUUGCAAUUUGGGGUAAAUGCUGCACCCGGGAUUUUUCAAGUGUUAGUUGAGCGCCUGUUGAAGGGACUGGAUGGGGUGUUGCCAUAUUUUGAUGAUGUUCUCAUUGCAGCAGAAAACAAAAGGGAGCUGGCUAAGAAACUGGGGGAGGUUUUGCAAAGAUUUCAGGAAGCGGGGUUACGAGUUAAAAAGGAGAAAUGUGUUUUGCAUACCACAGAGGUAGAAUUCCUGAGUUUUAGGGUCACGUCUGAGGGAAUUAGACCAUCAGAGUCUAAAGUCAGGGCUAUCUGGGAGGCCGCCCGCCCCACAUCUAAAAUGGAACUGCAGGCGUUCUUAGGUUUGCUUAAUUUCUAUCAUUCAUUCUUACCUCAGAAAGCGGAGUGGGCUGAACCGCUGCAUCACUUGCUUAAGAAACAAACUGUGUGGAAUUGGGGCCCCCGCCAGGAGGAGGCAUUCAAAAGGGUAAAAGGUCUCUUGACAUCAGAAGCUGUUCUGACUCAUUUCGACCCUAGGAAGCCCAUAUUGUUAGUAUGUGAUGCAUCCCCAGUAGGUGUUGGGGCUGUGUUGUGCCACGAUAUGGGUAAUGGGAAAGAGGCGCCAAUUGCAUUUUAUUCCAGGUCACUGACUCAGACUGAAAGGAAUUAUGCACAGAUAGACUGGGAAGCGUUGGCCAUCAUUGCAGGCACAAGGAAGUUCCACGAUUUUAUUUAUGGGUGGAAAUUUACAAUUGUAUCAGACCACAAACCCCUCCUGGGCAUUUUCAUUCAAGGGAAACAGACCCCUCAGAUCCUGUCACCCCGCAUGUUGCGUUGGGCGAUGUUCUUGCAGGCGUACGAUUUCAAUUUAAUACAUCAUCCUGGGGCGGCUAUCAGCCAUGCGGAUGCAUUAUCUAGAACCCCCAUGCCCUCUGAGGUACUGGACGAGCCAGGCCACCAAGUUCUGUUGAUAGAGGCAUUACCUGGCCCUCCUGUCACGGCAGUAGAUAUAGCCCGAGAAACGGGCAGGGACCUGAUGUUGGCCAGGGAGCAAAAAUGGGUACAGCAGGGUUGGCCACCUAAACCACCAGCAGACGAGUUCAGGGUAUUCCAUCAAAAAAAGGACGAGCUCUCUUUAGAGCGCGACUGUUUGCUGUGGGGCCUGCGAGUUGUGAUACCGGAAGGGUUAAGACAUAAAGUCUUACAGGUUUUACACAUCAGCCAUCCGGGAAUUGUGAAAUCCAAGGCAUUGGCACAAAGCUAUUUCUGGUGGCCCAGGUUGGAUCUAGAUGUAGGAAAAUGGAUAGGGCAUUGUGCAGAAUGCCAAGCGUCAAGGCCAGAAGAGCCCCAGCUGCCGCUCAGGGAGUGGAAUACUGCAAGGGGAGCUUGGUCCAGGAUCCAUGUAGAUUUUGCAGGUCCAUUCAAAGGUUCGAUGUUUUUGCUGGCUGUUGAUGCAUAUUCGAAAUGGCUAGAAGUCAUUCCAGUCGUUGGUACGACCUCUACCGGCACCAGAAGAAAAUUACGGCAACUGUUCAGCACUUUUGGGUUGCCAGAUGUGUUAGUCUCUGACAGUGCUUCUACGUUCAUGUCAGCAGAGUUCCAGGAUUUUUUAAGGAGGAAUGCAGUCAGGCAUGUGACUUCAGCCCCAUUCUAUCCGGCGACAAAUGGGCAGGUAGAAAGGUUAGUAAGGACUACAAAGGAAGCGCUCAGGUGCAUGGGAGCAGGGAACUUAGAGCUGCAUCUGUGCCAAUUCCUCCUAACUUACAGGGUUACGCCAUUGGCAUCGGGUCAGUCACCUGCAGAAGUGCUGAUGCGGAGACGACCAGUCACCUUAUUGGACAAAUUAGACCCAGGACGAUGGGAGGAUAGAGGUACAAACAUUGGCGUGGCAUCGCCUAAGAGUUUUUUAUUGGGCCAGCCGGUCCACUGCAGGAACUAUGCCCCUGGUCCAGCCUGGACUAGGGGGAGCAUAGUGGAACAGACUGGCCCUGUAUCAUAG